CCUGAACAGGUUUUUGAGGAAUACGUACAGACUAAAAUAUGGCAGCGUCAAAUAUGGGCAGCAGUGCGUUGCAGCUAAUUUGCAAGCACUAUAUUUUCAGAGCAAAAUGCAGAACAGGGGUUAUUGCUUUGCAUAAAAGCUUUUCAUACACAAGAAAUACUUAUAGCAGUGUAUCUGGCAACAACGUAAACUCCUUAAUGUCUGAAGUCAGUUUUCCCUAUGGUCUGAGAUCCUACAAAGAACUUUAUGAACUUUCAAUACAAGACCCAGAAACUUUCUGGGGGGUUCUUGCAAAGCAAAGGUUGUUGUGGAGCAAACCAUUCGAUCAGGUAAAAGACUGUGACUUCAGACAAGGCAAGAUACAAUGGUUUUGUGGAGGGCAGCUAAACGUGUCGGUGAACUGCUUAGACCAGCAUGUCCACAAGACACCUGACAGAGCUGCAUUGAUCUGGGAGAAAGACGAGCCUGGCACGGAGGUCAAGAUAACAUACAGGGAGCUUUUAGAAAUGACCUGCCGGCUUGCUAACACUUUGAGAAGACAUGGCGUGCAGAAAGGGGAACGGGUUGCCAUCUACAUGCCCGUCUCACCCCUGGCUGUGGCUGCCAUGCUGGCCUGUGCCAGGAUCGGUGCGGUGCACACAGUGGUCUUCGCUGGUUUUAGUGCUGAAGCUCUUGCCGGAAGAAUUCAGGAUGCCCAGUGCAGGGCUGUUAUCACUAGUAACCAAGGAUUGAGAGGCGGGAGGGUGAUAGAACUGAAGAAGACUGUUGACGAAGCAGUGAAGACGUGCCCCACAGUGAAACAUGUGUUUGUGGCCAACAGAACAGAAAACAAAGUGCCCAUGAGUGAAAUCGAUAUCCAGCUGGAGGAAGAAAUGGCGAAGGAGUCGCUCGUGUGUGACCCUGAGGUCCUGGGGAGUGAGGACAUGCUCUUCAUGUUGUACACUUCAGGAAGCACCGGGAAACCCAAAGGAAUCGUCCACACCCAGGCUGGGUAUCUGCUGUAUGCUGCACUCACACACCAGUAUGUCUUUGACUACCAGCCAGGUGAUGUCUUUGGCUGUGUGGCAGACAUCGGCUGGGUCACGGGCCACAGUUACGUGGUGUACGGCCCGCUUUGCAAUGGUGCCACCACUGUCCUCUUCGAGAGCACUCCUAUUUAUCCAGACCCUGGUCGAUACUGGGAGACGGUGCAGCGUUUGAGGAUUAAUCAGUUUUAUGGUGCCCCCACUGCUAUCCGGCUCCUGCUGAAGUAUGGGGACAGCUGGGUGAAGAAGUAUGACCGAUCCUCCCUGAAAACGCUGGGGUCUGUGGGUGAACCGAUCAAUAAUGAAGCUUGGGAGUGGUACUACAAUGUAGUUGGAGAUGGCCGGUGCACUCUGGUGGACACAUGGUGGCAAACGGAAACUGGAGGAAUCUGCAUCAGCCCGAGACCAUCCGAACAAGGAGCAGAGAUCGUCCCUACCAUGGCAAUGAGGCCCUUCUUCGGGAUCCAGCCUGUGUUGAUGGAUGAAAAGGGCAACCGAGUAGAAGGGAAUAAUGUCUCUGGAGCCCUGUGCAUUGGUCAGCCAUGGCCUGGCAUGGCAAGAACUAUUCAUGGAGACCAGCAGAGAUUCGUGGACGCUUACUUUAAAGCAUAUCCAGGGCACUACUUUACUGGCGACGGUGCCCACAGAUCUAAGGAAGGGUAUUACCAGAUUACGGGCCGUAUGGAUGAUGUCAUCAAUGUCAGUGGGCAUCGAUUGGGUACAGCAGAGAUUGAGGAUGCCAUGGAUGAGCAUCCUGAUGUUCCAGAAACAGCAGUGAUUGGCUUUCCUCAUGAUAUUAAAGGGGAAGCUGCAUUUGCUUUUGUGGUAUUAAAAGACAACAUUUCCCUUACUGAGUCAGCAGUUGUUAAUCAACUUAAGGUCAUUGUGGCUUCCAAAAUAGCCAAAUAUGCUGUGCCUGAUCACGUUUUGGUAGUGAAACGACUUCCAAAAACACGAUCUGGGAAAAUCAUGAGAAGGGUGCUGAGGAAGAUCGCAACCAACCAAACCAGUGAGCUGGGAGACAUAACAACCUUGGAUGAUCCCAAUGUAAUCACAGAGAUAGUGGAGGCAUAUAACAAGUACAAAGCCCAGUCAUCUAAAGUGUCCUUGUAACAAAACAUUAGCUCUGUAUUAAAACCCUUUUCAUACUGAGAACAGUAAAGUUGGAGCCUGAUUUGAGUGAUUUGAGUAAUGGCAUGUUUUUGGUGGAUAAACCAGUACUGUCCUGUACUUGCUUUUCCAAGUAUUGGCAGCAUUGACCAAAUGUAGCAACUUAGUUAACCUGACCACCUUUUGGGGCAAAUACAUUUAAACAAGGUCAGAUAUUAUUUCAAACAAUUCAUAAUUUCUUGCAUUCAUUUUUUUAACAGUUAUCCAUAUACUGUGUAUAUAUAUAUAUAUAUAUAUAUAUAUAUAUAUAUAUAUAUAUAUUUCUAAGUUUCCAAAGAGGGCAUUCAUUACGUACUAGCCAGUCGGUACCUGAAAGAAUAAAAACAACGCCUAAGGACAGUACAGGUACAAAUGAAACAAUCUUGGUCACAGUUAUGCACAGUAUUUUAUGGACAGUAACUAAUUCAUUUCAUUCUUGACUCACUAACAUUGGAGUCUGUGUUGGACAAAAUCGGAAAUAUCUCAUGUCUAUGCUUAGACAACACAGCAGCUUGCUUUAUAGAAUAGGUCAUUAUGAUAUCCUUACAAACACUUAAAAAAUGUCAAUGGUUACAUGCAUUGUUAUUCAUGUCAUUUUUUAAUGAUGCUAGUCCGUUCUGGUUUCUAUUUGGAACCUGUGCUGGGUAAAUUUAACAAGAAAUAUAUAUACAUGUACAUACACGUGUGAUUCACCCUGGCAUUGCUGUUAAAAAUCUGUCAGUGUUUGCAAAAUCAUAUGAAAUUGUACAUUAGUUCUUGUUCGUUCUGUGUAAUCAAGGUUGAAUAUUUUAAAGUUGAAGUACAUUUUGUGAAAAAAGGGUGUGUAUUUCAUGAACAAAUACUAGUUAUAUUAUAUUCAAACUGCGACAUAUAGUGUUAGUUUUUUUUUUAUAGAUUAUUAUAAUUGAAAAUAAAUAGCU